AUGGACAGCUUCUCCUCGUCACCGUUAAACGAGUCCUUCCCCUCAUCCCGCUUCCCAUCACCUAUACCGUCUCCCACCCAGACGGAAACCGACUUACCUAUCGAGGUUGACCAAUCGUUCAACUCCUCCCUGUCGUUCGGCGAGACCUCGCCAUGCUUCUCGCCUACUCCCAUCAUGCCAAAAAAGGGUGCGGUAUCUCCCUCGUUCUCGCAGAAUUCCACUGGGUUCCUAUCGCCUUCACCCGUCUUCUCGCUUAGACCUCGUCGGCCAGAUCCAGUACCAUUACAGCGCUUGACUGUCCCUUCUCCUUCUAAAUCAUCGAACAUGGACCUUGAUGAUACUAUCAAGCCUCUCUCUGCUCGACCACUGGGACAGGGAAGAACGUUCGGAAGGGAAUUAUCGGCAAACAUCAUGCAGCGAUCAGCAGGACCAGCCACUACCAAAGCCAACAAGGGGAUGAUGUUACCGCCAAAUCUGCCUGAGGGAAGGAACGUCAUACGGCCUAGAGGAGGACUACCAAUGCAGUGGACAUCAUCAAAUGAAGAGACUGGUAGACCUAGAUUAGGAAUGCAAGCUCAUAUCUUCAGACGAGAGACCGACCCAGUCAUGUCAUUAUCCCCUUGUUCAGUAGCCUCGACCUCUGUCAGCGACGAUUUUGGCAUGGAUAUUGAUUCACCGGCAGUCAAGUCCCGCCGACCAUCUUCUCAGCAAUCACCUUCUUUCAGUGGUGCAGCUUCGUUCUCCGGGUCACCCGGACUUGGUUCUUUCUUCUGCGAAUCACCUGCAGCGCCAUCAGCCCAAGCUCCAGCCAAACGACGCUCUCUCGUCACUGGAUCUCCAGCUUCACCAUCAUCUGGCUCCCCAUCCGCCAAACGUACUUCACUCGGUUUGGGCAUCGGUCGACCUGGCCUUGAAAAGACUGCUUCCUCCGGUGCAAUGUUGUUUGGCGGUGGUCGGUCCAGCACUGUAGCAGCUCGACGCAACCCUUCUUUCAAACGACCUACCCUUGGCCCUCUCAGUGCUGGUUCUUCCGGCGACAAUGGCCUCCGAACUGCAUCUGCUACUUCUGCUUUCCCUAUUCUCUACGCUCCUCCAAAGAACACUCUCGGCGGUACUCAAUCUGGUACGUUCCCUCGAGCGGCCAUGGCACCAAUGAGAAGAGCUUUCUCCGUGUGCGAUCAAAACAAGAUGCACGAGAUGGAAGAGGAUGAGAGUGAAUACGAAGCUUCACCUUCAAUGGCUGGUACUCAAGCGGAAUACAUGCGAAGAUACGGUCCUCGAGCUAUUCCUCGAGUUGACGGUUCCCCUGGGUUCAAGCCAGUUCGAGCAUCCAUUGCCACUUCUGGUCAAGGCGUGGCCAGCCCUAUUGGUAAUAAAGGGAAACAAAAGGUUAGCCCAUACGGGCCUGGUGGAUUACCUGGUUUCGGAGAUAAUGAGAUGGACGGGAAGAUUUUACCUUGUCACAAGGUCAAAGAGGAUGGAUUGGUUCGAAUCACCCCCAACACCCUUCAAGAACUUCUGGCUGGGAAAUACCACUCAAGAGUCAAACGAUAUCAUAUUAUCGAUUGUCGAUUUGAUUACGAGUACGAAGGUGGACAUAUCGAAGGAGCCAUCAACGUCAAAUCGAUGGAUGCUCUCGAUCAACUGCUACUAUCGGAAUCGAAAGGUGUUCAUGCCAAUGGUAACGCAUUGCCUGUACCCAGUAGAAGUGGUGAAUUAGAAGAAGGAGAGCAAGUAGUGCUCGUCUUCCAUUGCGAAUUUAGCGCCAAAAGGGCACCGACUUUCGCGAAACAUCUCCGAUCAAGAGAUCGUCUAAUCAACAAUGCCCUGUAUCCCAAGAUCUUCUAUCCGGAGGUAUACAUAUUGGAAGGAGGAUAUUGUGGAUUCUACCAGAGUCAACCUGAUCGAUGUAAUGGUGGAUACACUCCAAUGGAUGAUCCUAAACAUCUCGAAAGGCGUAAUUCCGAUCUACACGAUUUCAGGAAAUUCAGCAGAACGAGAUCUUUCACAUAUGGUGAACAACCCACUGUCCCUUCUCGUGCGGCUCCACCAUGCCCACCACUGGCUUUCGCCGCUGCCUCUGCUGCUACGGCUAGAAGACAGGGUAUGACGAUCACAGAAGAAGAUCACGAACAUGAUUCUUCACCUUUGGGAGGUAACGGUUCUAACAGCUCUGGUAACGAAAAUUCACCUUGUCCUAGAGCGGUAUCGAUGGGUCAACCUCCUAUCUUCGGAUCUGCCAAAACUCGAGUAUUAGGUAGAGUAGGUUUCAACAGAGUAGCCUCAUAUGCCGGUACUGGGAUGAGACAGUGA